AUAAGCCCUUCCCCCCCUCUCUCUCUCCUCUCUCUCUCCUCUCGCGCUCGCUCGACAAUCUUCGUCCUCGACUCAUCGUAUUGCCCACACACAGUAAUAGCUACCCACCUUAAAUUUAUAAUUCCUAAAUUUUAUUUUAUUUUUAUAAAACAAUUUUAAUUUUAAUUUUUCCAAGUAAAAAUUUUGGGUUGGAGGGAGAAGGAGGGAAGGGGGGCGAUCCCUAAAACCCAUCAUUUUUUUCGAAUCUAAAUCCUCCUCCUCACCGCAAUAUGGCAUUUCAUGUCGCCUGCCCAAUUACAUGCCGGCGGAUCUGCGACUGUGCGCUUGGGUUUCCGCCAACCCUCGCCACUGGGAAUGCCAAGGCCUCGUUCCUCGAAGACGUGCUGCGGCUUCACGACUUUCUCAUCGAUCCCUCCGGAAUUAGGGCCCGCGACGAUGGAAAAACGGUCCAGGUCGCCGUUCCGAAGGUCUUGCCGCCGCCUCCCCAGCCGGUUAUGCCUUCCGUCGUUGGAGAUGUUGCCGCCGCCCUUGUUGAGGAUGAGUCCGCCGCCGCCGCCUCCUCGCAGGCCAAGCGGGCUGCUCUCCAGCGCAAGGCUGCUGCGGAUAUGGUCGCGGCUGAGGACUUUGCUCGGCGAUUCGAAUCUGGUUAUUUGUCGGACACCUCAAGAGGCGUUGUGGGUGAAGAGCAGGCUCAGUCCAAUGUGAAUGUUAUGUGCCGGAUAUGCUUUUGUGGUGAAAAUGAAGGAAGUGAGAGAGCAAGAAGGAUGCUUCCAUGCAAAACCUGUGGCAAGAAGUACCACAGGAACUGCGUAAAAGUUUGGUCUCAACAUAGAGAUCUAUUUGACUGGAGUUCAUGGACAUGCCCCUUGUGCCGAAUUUGUGAGGUAUGCCGAAGAACAGGAGAUCCAAACAAGCUUAUGUUUUGCAAAAGGUGUGAUGGCGCUUACCAUUGUUACUGCCAACAUCCUUCACACAAGAAUGUUUCUCCUGGACCUUAUGUGUGCCCGAAACAUACACAGUGUCACAGCUGUGGGUCAAAAGUUCCGGGAAAUGGCUUAAGUGUGAGAUGGUUUCUGGGAUACACUUGCUGUGAUGCAUGUGGAAGAUUAUUUGUGAAGGGGAACUAUUGUCCUGUGUGCUUGAAGGUUUAUAGAGAUUCGGAAUCAACACCAAUGGUUUGCUGUGAUAUUUGCCAGCGCUGGGUGCACUGCCAUUGUGAUGGAAUCAGUGACGAGAGAUAUCAGCUGUAUCAAUUAGAUGGAAAUCUCCAGUACAAAUGUGCUACAUGUCGUGGUGAAUGCUACCAGGUCAAGAAUAAUGAGGAUGCUGUGGUAGAGCUUUGGAGGAGAAAAGACAAAGCUGAGCAAGAUUUAAUUUUUAGCUUGAGGGCUGCUGCAGGAUUGCCAACUCAAGAAGAAAUAUUUUCUAUUUCACCCUAUUCCGAUGAUGAAGAAAAUGGACCUCAAUUAUUAAAGAAUGAGUAUGGGCGUCCGUUGAAAUUAUCUCUCAAGGGGUUAGUUGAUAAGUCACCGAAAAAGACCAAGGACAGUGGAAAAAAAUCUUCAAAUAAAGUGUCUGCUAAGAAAAAGGAAUAUCAGGAGUUCUUCGUUGGUAAAACUGAAGUGAUUCAGAGGUUUGGAGGACAUGAUGAUCCUCAGUCUUUCGGAUCUAGCUUGGGCUAUGACAAGAAUGAUGAGGUGCCACCGUACAAAAAUGCAGAACUUGACUUAUAUUCUUCUCCAAUAGCUGGAAGUAUUAGCCACACCGAAGAGAUUUGCUCUGUCAAUGAGCCAGGUGUUUUGAAGCACAAGUUUGUUGAUGAGGUGAUGGCAAGUGAUGAAGAUAGAACAUCCAAAGCCGUUCGUGUCAAGAGUAAGUCUCAUGCUCUGGAUAGUGGAGAGGAUACUGGAAAGCAUGCUGGCAAGUCAAAGCCUGUUAAAGGGAAGAAGUUAGUGAUAAAUUUUGGUGCACGGAAGAUAAAUUUGACCAAGUCUCCAACAUCUGAUGCUUCAACGUGUCAAAGAGAACAAGAUUUGGUGACUGCCAUUGGCGGUGAAGAUGCCAGCCAGCAGAGAGGAACUGUUAUGGUGGAUAGACAUGAUGGUUCUGCUAAUGCUAAAGAUAAAAGCGAUUAUUCUGGCCCACUGAAAGUUCCAAAGGUUUCUGGGAGAGAAGGAAAUUUUAUAAAGUUGGGAAAAGUUAGGUCAGGAGCUUCAGAUCAGAACCCCAAAUUUGAAAGAGGGGAUAAGGCUGAUGGAUAUGAAGCCAUUCAACCUGAGCGGACACCUGUUGCUUUUGGAAAAGGCAUUGAAGGAGGCAUGACUGCAGCUGUGCCUGUAGGUGAAGUCCCGACUUUAAGAAAUGACAGGGUGUAUUCCCGGAAGCAUUCACAUAGCAGGUCUAACAUACGUAAUGAAACCAAUGAUGCUUAUGCUCAAACACCUGUGUCACAUUCUUCGUCAAAAGAUACCAAACCAACUUCGCUGAAGUUUAAGCUCAAGAAACCUAAUAUUGAAAAUCAGAGUUCUUAUCUUGAGGAAGAAAAAAAUUGUGUCAAGGGCCAGCGGUCAAAAAGAAAGAGACCGUCAUCUUUUGGGGAGAAGACAUCAUUUGUUGAGAAUGAUUCCAAGCCACAAUCAGUUCAUAAUGUAAUGGAUGAGAUUGAUGUUAAUUGGAUAUUGAAGAAAUUGGGCAGAGAUGCAAUCGGAAAGCGAGUUGAAGUUCAGCAGCUAUCUGACAAUUCCUGGCAUAAGGGAGUGGUUAGCGAAGUUAUCGAAGGCACGUCAACUUUAUCUGUUACUCUAGAUGACGGCAAAGUCAAAUCCCUGGAACUGGGGAAGCAAGGGGUUCGAUUUGUAUCUCAAAAGCAGAAAGGGUCAAGAACAUGAGGACGUACGACUUGUCGGCGGUGAUGAUCAAUCUCAUCUGGAGACUUCCUUCCACAUUAAUAUGGAAUGGAAAUCGUUUGCCUCUAAACGGGCGGAAGAGAUAACGUGUUGUAGUAUAUCCGGUGGCUUGUAUGUGCAGGGCUGUUUAGUUUCGUCGUCCUUGAAGAAUUAGUUCUGGUCAAGUAGGGUAAAUUAUGAGGAAAGCAGGUUUUCUUUCGUUCUUUUGUUUUUUUUUUUUUUUUUUUUUUUUAUGUUCUAUAGACAGCUAAGCUGCCUUAUUCUCGAAAUGUAUUUGUAUACUCCCGACUUGAACUUUGAUAUUUCAGAAUUCGCUGUAACAGACAGGAUAGGAAUGAAAGUUGUUUUCGUAUCGGACCAGAUGCGUUUACCA